AUGAAUUCACUAGGUCCUCUGGAUACCAUGGAUCCCAACAUCCCCUCACGACAACCUAUUGGGAAAUUACAACCUGCUCAACAGCCUACAUCUCGGGCACCGCCUCCCUGUGAUCGCAAAGGAUCCGAGGCCCCCGUUUCAGGUAUGGCAACGAACGCAGCAGAAGGCCAGUCGCAUGUCACAAGGCCUUCUCUGGCUAGUGUGCCUUCAUGCCAGCGGCCUCGGAAGCGUGUGAUUUGGCGGAACAAGGCAUGCUUCAUUGCGCUGCCUCUUGAAGAUGAAUUUGGCAGAAAGACUAGUAGAGAAAGCUACCUCAGCCCAACCGAUUUCGAAAGGCGUCUCGAAGACUGGAAAAACCAUGGAUUCGAUACCAACGGUUUUACGCUUGUCCCACAAACCUCCAGUUCACACUCUCCACGUUUGGAAGGACAGAGCCGAGCUGUGCAUCCCGACCCAGAAGAUGAGAAGCGUGAACGAGCUGAUGGUACAUAUCAUGUCAAUAUUCCGGACCGGCGACAUUGGGAGACCUAUGUUAAUCACCUGAAAGAGGAAAAGCUGCGAGCGUUGGGCGUUGACGAGCAAACUCCAAGGAACUCGCCAGCGCUAUCGAUGAUGAGCCGGCAAGGGUCCUCACAAAGCUCCCGUGUGCUGUCAUCCCCUGCAUUGGCUUCACCAACGCACGUGGGUCCAUUUCCUGCUUCAUUCUAUGGUGCUGCAAACCCUACCUCCUACAUGGGCAAGCCCGGGGUCUCUCAUUUCCCAAGAUACUCCAUAGCUCAUCCGACUAAUGAAUCGUCUCUCAUGUCAUCGAACCAAUUUCCGCAGCCUUCCGAGCCUCACAUACCUGCAACGUCGUCACCUUGGACGUACUUCACGUCGCAACAGGGGUCGCGGGUCGCUUCUCCCGGCGUCAACGGAUACGUGCAGACAUUUGGGCACGCAGCGCCAUCAGCAUCACCUGUAGGGAUCGGCAACGUCGGCCAGGUCUCGAACCAAGCCUCAGCUGAUUUGCUAGCUAGAAUGCGGGAGCAGCAAGCCCUGCUUCAGAUACAGCAAUUGCAGCAGCAGCAGCAGCAGCAGCAUUAUCAACAGCAGCUGUUGCAGCAACGCUCAUUACCUUCUUUGGGCACAUGUCAAAAUGGGGAGCGGGUCUUGCAGCCAGUGGCUCAUUACGAUCAAGCUGAUAUCGCAACUCCGAUCCCACGUGGUCAUCGCCAGAACCCAAGUGAGAAUCUGCAGAAAGGAGUCGACGAAGCUGAUGCUCAUGUGUCGUACUCCAAGGAUGAGAAUGAAGGGCAAGUGGGUUCCAAGGCUGCCCAGAUUGAUGAAGGGUACAAUGAAUACCAGGCUAAAGAUAUCCCAAACAACGCUGGGAGAGCGGCUAGGCAUAAUGCGAGAGCAAACGGGUCUGUCUUGGAUGCAAGUCUGAGUGUUAGAGGGAUUCCAGACCAUGAGACCAAUGACCCUGGACAGUCUCAAAGCAGAUAUCCAUCUAAAGUUUCUCAAUUCAACGUCAAUGCGCCCAAGUUUGAACCCGGAGUUUCGAAAAGUUCUGGAACUCUCUCAUAUUUGGGUGAUAAGCAAGCUCGCGCGUUAAUCGAGACCCAAUCUCUGAGCUUUCCUAGCUCUGACGGGGCAAUGCAAGCUCCCAGUGGAGCCUCCCUCCCUAGCAAAUGGAAUGUCGCAGCGCCUACGUUCAUGCCAAACUCUUCAGUAAUGGCAACCCUUCCUUCCAGAGAGUUCAGCUUUUCGGCUUCGCGCCCUUCAUUCAGGCCUGACGCUCCGGCUUUUUCACCCAGUGAUGGCGGAAGUACAUUUGGUCCUAAACCGGCCAGCGGACAGAAUGCCGUCCAGCCCGUGAAGAAAAUUUUUGGCGACAUCAACUUUUCUGAGGUCAUCAGACCCCCAAAGUCGAAGGCUAUACCAAUCACUAAACCUAACAAAGAUUCAGAGAGGCAGAAGAAAUAUGAUGGAGAUAUGGAUGGUCAAGAAGACGAAUCGGGCCGUAUAACUCAAGCUGAUGGUCGACAGAAGAGAAUGAGGCGUGAGCGUGACGACGGUGAUCAAGUAACUCUUUUUGCAUUGUCAGAAGGAAAAAACCAUUGGAUGGAUCGGGGCAGUGAGGAUCGAGCCGCCUGUUUUAGUAGGACGCCGUCACCAGAAAGCAAAGCAGUAGAUGCCACUACCCUGGAUGCAGCUACAGAUUUACUCGAAGGACUCAUCGACGAAUUAUCCGCGACCGAGGCUUCAGAUCUAAUGCGAGAAGAAUCUGUCGAUGAGGAUGGGGAAAGGAGAGAAGAUUAUAUUUUCAAUGACCUUGGGGAAGCAGCGAGCUUCAACGCGGCACGUCCACCGGAUCCUCACGAGGUCGCUAGAGCAACGCGGGAUUUCCUUGGUGAAUCUGCACAAUUCGGGACUGAAUUCAAUCGGGUUUUAGGACAUCGUACCUCUAGCUCAAGAUCUUCUUCCUGUUCCUCAACCAAAGAUGGAGGGAAAAGAUAUGAGCGUAAGCCUCAGGGGGGAGCUGAAGACUCAGUUGAUCGUAUAGACCAUGCUGGCCGAGGCACGCAUGCAAUUAUCAUGAACGGCGUGAGAUAUGUCGAGCCGUCAUAUAAUGAGCUUGAUGCCGUUAUGAAGCACCUCAAUAGAGAGGAUUCGGACCUGGGCGUUGAGCGACAGCCUAGUCCAUUGAGAGGUCGAAGUCCAAGCGCAAGCCCGAUACGAUACACUGGCCCGAAGCUCCAUGACUCGUUAACACCGCAUCAGCUGCUACCUCCCGCCAACAUUAGAAGUGAUGCUCCUUCGCCGAGUCCAAACAGGUUGCAAGGAAAUUAUCAAUACCUACCGCCAACGGAUUCAGAAAGUGCUAAUCCUUCUCUUGUUGAAAUGGUAGCUCGCUCUGCUCGAUACAGCCCUUCUUACAGACCAUCAAAGACUUCGCCUCCAAUACAUCCAUUGCACAGCCCUGGUAGUACGCCUCCUAGUGAUUUGGACGAUGCGAUAUCCUCUCUGAAUGAGGACAACUUCCCCUCAAAGACUACCAUGAAUAAUUCUGUCACCGAGGUAAUGGAAACCAUUGUCCAGAGGGAACUGAAACCUUUAGAGCAGGCAUUGUCCGGCAUCCAACAGUCAUUGGCCCAACUGUCUGGUAGGUCAGCGAGUAGGAGACCACGCAGCUCAGGCGGUCUCGAGAUUGAGCAUAGUGACGCGGAUGAUGAAGAUGAUGUUGGUGAAGUGUCACAGUCAAGGCUCAAGUCACCUCUAAGAGAUCGAAAGUUCGAGCAGCUCAAGGCUUCCCUUACCGAGAUCACAGCUGCUCAGCAGAGCCUGGCACCAGCCAGUCAGCUGGCAGAAAUGAUGGCCGCUGUCAAUGGUUUGAAAGCGUCCAUACAUGAGGACAUAUCUCCUCCACCGUUAUCGGGCGAAAUCAAGAACAUUGUGGAGGAAGCUGUCGGUAGACAGAUGCGCGGCAGAUCAGCACCAGUCACGUCCAGCUCACAAGCGGCGGCAGCUGAAAAAAGCCAACUUCAGAUAGCAGGCCUCGAGAGCAUGCUCAAAAUAGCGGACACUCGUGCGAAUGACGAAAUGCAAGCUCGCAGAUCUGUUGAGGACGAGCUAGCUGACAAGGCAAGACUCCUCCGGAUAGCACUUCAAGAAGCUUCCGAACAACGUGAAUCAGCAGAAGCAACGGAGCGAAGCCUUCGAGAUUUUCAUGCGAAUCGGCAACAGACUCUCCAGCGUACCGCCAUGCUGGAGGGUUCACAGGAAAGUCUGCAGAAGACCGCUUCGGAUCUGUCCGAAAAGAAUUUAGUCCUGGAGGAGACAUUGUCUGAAUACCGCUUGUCGAGCGACCAGUGGAGGUCGGAAAUUAGCGAUGCGAAGCAUGAGAAUAAAGACCUCAGGAGAACCAUCAGUUCUUUGAAUGCUGAGAUCGAAGAAAAUGGGCAAGGUCGCCGGGCACUACGGGCCAAAGUUGAUCACUUGCAAGGAGAAAUUGCCACAAAUUCUCGCAACGUUGCGUCGGAUCAUUUGAGGUGGCGUAGCAAGGAGGAAGAGCACCAGGCUAGGCUGGAGAUAUUGCAUGCAAGGCUUGAAACUGAAGCUCGAACAAGGGAAAGGCUUGAACUUGAUAUUGAGAGAAUCGAGGCGCAAGAGUCAGAGGUUAUCAAGACCCGAUCCAUGGUUGAGCAAACGCAAAAGGCCAAUGCCCAUCUGCAAAGCCUGUUGGCCGAGCUUAGGUCCGAAUGCCACCAUUAUCAGAGUGUUAUCACCAGACUCCGUCCACAGAUUGACCUCGUCACAACGGAUGCAGAUAGGUCCAGAUCCCGUUACGAGCAGAUGCUCAAGGAAGCAACUGACUCACGGAGCAAGGCUCUUGGAGAAGCUGCCCACUUUUAUGAAAGAAGCGUCAAAGAAAUGAAAGCGCAGCAUGAGCGUAUACUGAACAACGCCCUCGAAGACAAACAACGAUCAGAGACUUAUUUCGGAAAUCAACUGAGUUUAGCAGACGCAAAAGUGGUCCACUACCAGGACAGAGUCAGUCAUCUCGAAGAGAAGCUGCAAAUUGCCAAGUCUGCUGCCCAUGCAGCAGUGCAAGCCGCUCAAUCGAAGAAAGCAGUUUUAGGUCCGUCCUCAUCUCGCACGUCUCUACCCAUUGCCAAGGCCUCCGAGCGGGAGCCCCUACCCGAGAAAACCUCGCCUCAGGCUCUACGCGAAUCCAUCCUUGUCCUACAAGAACAGCUACAAGAACGCGAAAACCGGAUCGAGCAGCUCGAAUAUCAGUUGUCCUCCGUUGAUAGUAAUGCCCCAGAGAAAUUAAGAGAUGCCCAAAUCGAGAUCACUUGGUUGCGUGAACUUCUUGGGAUUCGUAUCGAAGAUCUCGAUGAUCUGAUCGCUACCGUCUCCCAACCAUCCUACAAUCCUGAAUCUGUCAAAGACGCGGCUACUCGCCUAAAAGCGAACUUACAGAUGGAACAACAGGAGAAGGAGCGCGCACUGGCCUCCUUCCCAUCCCUUGCCCGCAUCUCCACCAUUGCAGCAUCACCCAAAGCACUCCCGCUAGCUGCUGCGGCCGCCUGGGGAAAUUGGCGCAAGGGGCGGGAUUCGGCCUUCAGUACUCUUCCCGCAAGUCAGACUCUGUCAAAAUCUUCUCCUCAGAGCUUUUUUGCUGGCCUGAUGACGUCGCCGAGCACGGAGAUGCGGACAACUCCUUCAUUCGGUGACUCGAGAGUAUAUCCCUCCCCGUCGAAACGGUCAGUCAGAGCACCUACGACACCGAAGCAGAGCUUGCCACGUCAAGAAGAGCCAGACAGACCACUAAGGCGUCAGUCGCAGCAGAAUCCUAUGACGCCGCCGCUGAUGCGCAAGGGCAGCUACGAUUUGGACGCGAGUGAAGGCAAUCCGUUUGGCGACGUAGCAGUUGAGAACAAGAUGGUCGCUGGGGAUGAAGAGCCAUUUGGUCCAAAUCUAGGAGGCACUGUUGGAGGGAUGUGA